AGCUAUCUUGGAGCUCCCAGAGCGUAAGACACUCAGCUAACGACGUCACUACUCGCAGGGGUAGUAGCCUCCAGAGAGUGACCAACACCUGUCGGUGUGGUACCACGGUAGCUCGAAGGUAGUAGCCUCGAAGCAGCUAGCCUAGCGUCCUUAAUUUGACUUGCCCACACCAUGCCCUGCAAUGCAUUCGGUGAUGAGACGAGGGAGGACCGCGCGGUUGGGCUGAGCACGCGAUGUUCUUCUAGACGCCUUACUCGCCCUCGCUCAUGCCACCACGGCAUGUACGUAAAUAUCCACCGAGGAUUGCGCGAUGCCAGAAGCAAAGGUCGAAACAAGCCUUUGGAGAGGGUUCCAGGGUUGUCACGAGAGCGGAACGUCCCCGCACGCGGGGAUCCAGCAGAGAGGAUUUGCCGGCAGCGGCGCUUGACGAGAAUUGAUCAGGCAAGGAUGCUCACAGCGCAGCAGCAAAAUCCUGGAGACUGUGGACGCCAUGCCGGGCGCACGCGUGGCUGCGGAUUGGGUCGGUAUCAGUGGCAGCAGUGGGGAUUGGAUGGAUUGCGGAGGGAGGCAGUUGAAACGAGGAUGCCGUCGCUCUUGCCAUGGUGCUCUAGAGCGGCGCCUCGUGUGCCGUCCGAUGACAGAGUCCGAUACAGGAGAAAGCGCGGCGCUUGUGAAGACGGCGGUUGCAGUAAGAAAAGCGGUGAGGAGUGAAGAGGGGGAGAGGCGACGCGGCAUUGCGAUGGGGGGAGCUGAACAGCCUCAGACCGAUCUGAUAGACAGCACUGUGCACAUGCCUGAGGCCAGCAGCGAACUGGCAACGUCGGACUGGGCUACGAGAGGAACAAGCUAGACACGUCGGCUCACGGCUGCAGCAACGUGCCGCGUCUUGGUCCUUUGCGACGGCGUGCAGCGGCUGGAGGGAGUCAUUGGAGAGCCGGGCGAUGAAGCAGGUUUCUGGGCGUU